CAUGUCUUGCUGUAAAGGUGAAAUCUUGAUUCCAAAACUUGUUUGAUGUAAGUUCUCGAGUUUAACAAAGUAACUCCUCUAAAAUGAAUCUCUGAUCAUGAUACAGAUGACCUUAUUUUGGUGUUGGAGAUGCUAUGUAAUCCUGGCAUACUUGUAUUGGAAAACAUUGCUGCUCUUGUAUCUUCGUAAAUUGUAUUGCACGAUCAAUGACAUAGAAACGACAUUGCUUUGAAUGAGCGAAAUAGUGGCCAAAUAAACCCGACGUGACAAAACGUGGGCGAAUGACCAAAAGUGGCGCAACGGUUCUAGAAUCACAAUGCCAUGUUUCGCUGUUUGCUGACACGAACUCGCUCCUGCAGAAAAUCCCGGCGCGGCUCAAUCUCUUCACUCCGCAACGUCGGUACGUCCGCUGCAAUUUUUCCCAAAGACGACACUUUUGACUUCGCUCAAUUCACCUACCCACCUCAUCUAUCUCGCGCCUCAUCGGGACCAUCUCAAGACCGCGUGCCACACCCUUCUUUGCCUGCAAACUCCCAACUCAUCGACCAUUUGGUCUCUCGUUACUGCGGCUCUCGUUGCCCUAACGAUGCCAAGGAGCUUCAUUUGCAGUUGUUCAAAGCCGGGUUCGACAAUGACUUGUUUCUUUGUAAUACCCUUAUUAAUAUCUAUGCUAGAGUUGGCGAUCUGGGUUCUGCGCAGAAGCUGUUUGAUGAUAUGCCGAGCAGGAAUUCUGUCACUUGGGCUUGCUUGAUUUCCGGCUACGUGCAGAGUGGCAUGCCGGAGAAGGCGUGGGUGCUUUUUAGAUGCAUGGCCAGGGAAGGGUUGAUGCCGAAUCACUACGUGUUUGGUAGUGUUCUCCGGGCUUGCCAAGAAUACGGGCCAUCUGGACUCAGGCUUGGGAUGCAAAUUCAUGGAAUGGUUUCGAAGACUUGGUAUGCUAGGGAUGUGGUGGUGUCAAACGUGCUGAUAUCAAUGUAUGGGGGUUGUUUGGGCUCCAUAGAUGAUGCUUUAGGCGUUUUUGAUGAGAUACAUUUGAGAAAUUCAAUAUCAUGGAACUCUAUCAUGUCGGUAUGUUCUCAAAGAGGAAAUGCAGAUUUGGCAUUCGAAUUAUUUGCAAGAAUGCAGAGGAAUGGUGGUUUGGGGUUCAGUAUAAAACCUAAUGAGUAUACUUUCGGUAGCUUAAUUACAGCGACUUGUUCUUCGACUGAUUCAAGUUCUUUGCUUGAGCAGAUGUUCUCCAGAGUUACCAAAUCUGGCUUUAUUUAUGAUCUGUAUGUAGGUAGUGCUUUAGUAAGUGGAUUUGCAAGAUCAGGAUUGACUGAUCAUGCAAGAAAUAUAUUUGGGCAGAUGACUGAGAGGAAUGUGGUCUCCAUGAAUGGUCUGAUGGUUGGAUUAGUGAGACAAAAGAAGGGAGAAGAAGCUUUUAAAAUUUUUAGUGAGACGAGGGAGUUAGUUGACAUAAAUGUUGAUUCAUAUGUGGUUCUUUUAAGUGCUGUUGCUGAAUUCACUGUGCCUGAUGAAGGGAAGAGAAGUGGAAGAGAAAUCCAUGCAUAUCUUAUCAGGACUGGCUUAAUUAACAAUAAGGUUGCUGUGGAAAAUGGGCUAGUAACCAUGUAUGCUAAAUGUGGUUCUGUUAAUGAUGCUAAAUCAGUUUUUGCAUUGAUGAAUGAGAGAGAUUUGGUUUCAUGGAAUUCCUUGAUUUCAGCCUUAGAUCAAAAUGGCUGUUUCGAUGAUACGGUUAUGAGCUUCUCAAAGAUGCUGAGAAGUGGACUGAUACCUUCUAAUUUCACUUUAAUAAGUACAUUGAGUUCAUGUGCUAGCUUGGGAUGGAUUUGGCUUGGCCAGCAAAUUCACGGAGAAGGGAUCAAAUUAGGGCUUGAUUUAGAUGUUUCGGUUUCAAAUGCUCUUCUUGCUUUAUAUGCUGAAGUUGGGUGUCUUGCUCAAUGCGAGGAAGUUUUCUCCUUGAUGCCAGAACAUGAUCAAGUUUCAUGGAAUUCGAUCAUUGGGGCAUUUUCUGAUUCAGAAGCAUUAGUUUCUGAGGCAGUGAAGUAUUUCUUGGGCAUGAUGCGGGCGGGAUGGAGUUUGAACAGAGUAACCUUUAUAAACAUUCUUGCAGCUGUCUCAUUGUUAUCACUUCAGCGAUUUAAUCACCAAAUUCAUGCUCUAGCAUUAAAAUACAAUCUCGCUGAUGAUAUUGCCAUUGAGAAUGCACUUUUGGCCUGCUAUGGGAAGUGUGGAGAGAUGGACGAGUGUGAACAGAUUUUUUCAAGAAUGUCUGAAAGAAGGGAUGAAGUGACUUGGAAUGCUAUGAUCUCUGGGUACAUCCACAGUGAGUUCUUGUCCAAAGCCAUGGAUAUGGUUUGGUAUAUGUUGCAGAGAGGACAGAGGUUGGACUCUUUCACCUUUGCUACCAUUCUUAGUGCUUGUGCUUCAGUUGCAACACUAGAACGUGGCAUGGAAGUUCAUGCUUGUGGGAUUAGGGCCCACUUGCAAUCCGAUGUUGUAAUAGGUAGUGCAUUGAUUGACAUGUACUCGAAAUGUGGAAGAGUAGAUUAUGCCUCCCGAUUUUUCCAAAACAUGCCCAAAAGAAAUGUUUAUUCAUGGAACUCCAUGAUAUCUGGCUUUGCACGCCAUGGACACGGAGAAGACGCUCUAAAUCUUUUCAGACAAAUGAAGCUAUGUGGACAACUACCAGAUCAUGUGACUUUUGUCGGAGUACUUUCAGCUUGUAGCCAUGUGGGUUUGGUCGAGGAAGGUUUUAUGCAUUUCAAAGCCAUGCAAGAAGAGUUUGGCUUGACUCCUAGGAUGGAACACUACUCAUGUAUGGUGGAUCUGCUUGGCAGGGCAGGGGAACUCGGCAAAAUAGAGGAUUUUAUCAAUAAGAUGGCUAUGGAACCUAACAUUCUUAUUUGGAGAACAGUGUUAGGAGCCUGUUGCCGAGCCAAUGGCCGUAAUAGCGAGCUUGGUCAAAGGGCAGCUCAUAUGCUUUUUGAGAUGGAGCCGCAAAAUGCUGUGAACUAUGUCCUUCUCUCGAAUAUGUAUGCUUCAGGAGGGAAAUGGGAUGAUAUGGCAAAGGCUAGAAGAGCAAUGAGGCAAUCUGCAGUGAAAAAGGAUGCUGGGUGCAGUUGGGUCACGAUGAACGAUGGUGUUCAUGUCUUUGUGUCUGGAGACAGAUCUCACCCAGAGAAAGAUCUGGUCUAUGAGAAGCUAGCAGAACUUAAUAGGAAAAUGAAGGAUGCUGGUUAUGUGCCCCAGACGAGCUUUGCCCUGUACGAUCUUGAACACGAGAACAAGGAAGAGCUGUUGAGCCAUCACAGCGAGAAAAUCGCUGUUGCUUUCGUCCUCACGCGAAAAUCAGAAAAGCCUAUAAGGAUCAUGAAGAACCUUCGCAUCUGCGGUGAUUGUCACUCUGCAUUCAAAUACAUCUCAAAAAUAGUCGGGCGGACCAUAGUGUUGCGGGAUUCGAACAGGUUUCAUCAUUUCGAAGACGGUGCAUGCUCGUGCAGGGAUUACUGGUGAUUCAGCCGCAGGUUGGU